AUGCCUCGUUACCAUAAGGUAGAAAUAAAUAAAACAGAAUGGAUUGUCCCAGAAAGAUAUCAAAUGCUUACACCUGUAGGCUCAGGUGCUUACGGACAAGUUUGUUCCGCGAUCGAUACUCUGCAUAAUAUGAAAGUUGCAAUUAAGAAAUUGGCGAGACCGUUUCAGUCUGCCGUGCAUGCCAAACGCACUUAUCGCGAACUGAGGAUGUUGAAGCAUAUGAACCAUGAGAAUGUUAUCGGUCUGCUGGAUGUAUUCAGCCCCGAAAAGACCUUGGAAGAGUUUCAGCAAGUGUACUUAGUGACACAUUUGAUGGGGGCUGAUUUAAAUAAUAUUGUUCGUACUCAAAAACUGUCUGAUGACCAUGUCCAAUUUCUGGUCUAUCAAAUUCUCCGUGGUCUUAAAUAUAUUCACUCAGCAGGAAUCAUUCACAGGGAUCUAAAACCUUCUAACAUUGCUGUCAAUGAGGACUGUGAAUUGAAAAUCUUAGAUUUUGGUCUAGCCAGACCAACUGAAACAGAGAUGACUGGCUAUGUAGCAACAAGGUGGUACCGAGCUCCUGAGAUUAUGCUGAACUGGAUGCAUUACAACCAGACUGUUGAUAUUUGGUCUGUAGGCUGCAUUAUGGCUGAAUUAUUGACUGGCAGAACUUUGUUCCCAGGUUCAGACCAUAUCCAUCAAUUGAAUUUGAUCAUGGAGGUACUUGGAACACCCGCUCAGGAGUUUAUGUCAAAGAUAUCUUCAGAGUCAGCUAGGAACUACAUUCAGUCGUUGCCUGCACUCAAGAGACGUGACUUCCGCGAGGUGUUCCGCGGUGCGAACCCUCUCGCCGUCAACUUGCUGGAACUCAUGCUGGAGUUAGACGCCGACAAGCGUAUAACAGCAGAACAGGCGCUCGCACACGAGUACUUAGCGCAGUAUGCUGACCCAGACGACGAGCCCGUGUCGGCGCCCUACGAUCAGAGCUUUGAGGAUAUGGAGCUCCCCGUUGACAAAUGGAAAGAGCUGGUGUGGAAAGAAGUGGUGGAAUUCAAGCCUCACCCUCAACACAUGAAUACAGUGGUAGAAGUGACUCCAUCGUAA